AUGUAUAGAGAUGCAUGCUUCGCCCUUGGACUCUUGCAAGAUGACAAAGAAUUCAUUGAUGCAAUUAAGGAAGCAAGCUCAUGGGCCUCAGGAUCAUAUGUUAGGAGAUUAUUUGUCAUUCUAUUAACAUCCAACAAUAUCUCAAGACCAGAACAUGUCUGGGAUAGAUGUUGGCAUGAACUCUCAGAUGAUAUUUUGUAUCGACAAAGAGCUGUGAUGAACAUGAGGGAGUUAGCAAUGUCAGAUGAUGAGAUUAAGCAGUUGUGUUUAAUGGAUAUAGACAAGAUCUUACAUUCCUAUGGUAAAACCUUGAAAGACUAUCCUCCAAUGCCUUUAGCAACUGAAGUUGAUAGUUCUUUGUUAACCGAAAGGGUUAUUAGGGAAGAGCUAAACUUUAACAGGGAUGAUUUAAAGAAAAAUGCCUCAGACAUAUUAGCCAUCGCAACACCUGAGCGGAGAUAUGCAUUCGAUAAAAUUGUUACAGCUGUAUAUUGUGAUGAAGGGGUUUUUUUCUUUGUGUAUGGUCAUGGGGGUACUGGAAAAACAUUUCUCUGGAACCUUAUGUCUGCUGAGAUUUGCUCAAGGGGUGAUAUAGUGUUAAACGUUGCUUCGAGUAGUAUUGCAUCUUUACUUCUUCCCAAUAGAAGAACGGCACACUCAAGGUUCAAAAUACCGCUGAAUAUAACUGAGGAUUCUGUAUGUAACAUCAAACCUGGUUCCCCUCAAGCAAUGUUGCUGUUGAAAGCCAAACUUAUAAUUUGGGAUGAGGCUCCAAUGGUUAGUAGGUACUACUAUGAAGUGCCUGAUAAAUGCUUGGGUGAUAUCAUGAGGUGUUCUCCAACAUAUAGCAAAGAUUUGCCCUUUGGAGGAAAAGUGGUUGUACUAGGUGGAGACUUUAGACAAAUUCUUCCUGUCAUUUCAUGA